AGCGGUGUAAUAAAGAUGGACAAAAACGAAGUGAUCAUACUUCAUGGCCCGGAUUUUGCGGGGAAAUACACAUUCUAUAUGAGGGAACUUAGGAGAACACAUGAAGCCCUACAGCCUGCAAAAAUGUUUGCAACAGAUCCAUCUCUUGGAUUCCGGGACAUUUGUUUACAGAUAUUAGGAAUUCUCAAAGAGGGAAAGAAAAUUGCUAUACUGGAUGUAAAUGAGUUGAAGAAGACCAGACUGUCAUAUAUAAAAUUGCUACAGAAAAAGUGUGACAGUAUGUCAGUGGCAGUCCUCAGUGUUCUACCAAAGUAUGGCUGUGAGCAGUUGUUUUGGACUCGGGAACUGAGAUUAGCGACAGAGUUGAGUCUGUGUGAGACAGAAGAUUGCAGCAGGUCUGAGAUUCCCCUCAAUGAUGCACGCUUAACUAAGUGGUUCAGCAAGGAUUCCGAUAGUGACAUACAGUACAGACAUGGAAUAGUUGAAAAACCGAGUGAAUUGGAAGAGUGCACAGUCUUGGAAAAAUGUGUGGGCAUAUACACAAAAUCUGUGUACAAAUUUGAGGUUCCAGUUAUAUUUGUUCAAUGGGAGGUGAUAUGUGGAGUGACAACCAACAACCAUAGAAUGUCUAAAUUGUCAAAGGCAUUUGAAUUGUGGACCAGUGUUAAUCAUUGUGGAAGGAUCAUAGUGAUAUGUGACGGUUCUCAGAUACAUACUGGUGAAAAAACAAAAGCUCAACAACAAAAGGACAUUGAUGAUGCCAUGACAUGCUUGACCAACCAGUUUACUGCCUGUCCAGUCUAUGUGUAUCACAUUGUUGAUCCAAAGCAAGCAGGGGGCUAUAUGGCACCACCAAAACCAGGAAGUCUUGCAUUUCUACAACAAAGGCAUUGUCUUAACUUACAUUCAAGGAGAAGUGUUUACAUGUAUGAAACAUCUAGUCAUAUGAAAAUGGCUGAAAAUGCUGGUGUCAGACAUAUAAAGGCUUCCAGAGUGAUAGAUCAUCCAUCAUUGGUGAUAUCAAGCCAUGCAGCAUACACUCUAGCUAUUCCUGAAAUGUUAAAGACAAAGAGGAUUCUACCAGGUCAACCCAGAAACAACCCACCAACUAUACCACUGGUUCAGCUGAAACACACAUUUUCUGAGAGUAAAAUUCAACAGAACUUACCAUAUGGGCGGUCUGAAUACAUGUAUGUUACAGACUUGGAGAACGUUCAAAGGUACAAUGAUUUAUAUGUGAAGUAUGCGACUGAAGUGGGACAGCCGGGUAGUAAAAUGUCGCCCAAGAAGACAUGCCAUUCUACCCCAGAUAAAUCCAGUACCAGUCAAAUACAUGCUUCUGAUACAUCAGCUGACCAAUCAAAACUCAGUAUUGCAUCACGUGACCUUCCAAAGUGGAUGGUGAAGAAAGACAGAAGCCGUGAGUUAAGGUCAUCUGGAGAGGUUAGCCAAUCAGAUGGUGAUUUACAGAAGGAGAAAAAAAUUAGGAAAACAAUGUAUGUAAUGACUGAGAUUGAAUUGGUGGAAGUAGCUUGUGAUAUCCUUAAACAGGCAGGCAAAGAUAACAUUGUGGAACGAUUUAUGUCAAAGAAAGACGUAGAUAGUGAUACAAAUUCAAAAAAUAACAAACAGGAAAUAAAACCUAAUUUAGUGAAGACUGCAGUAGAAAGAAGACCAUAUCAUCGCGAAAGAACUAAAUCCAAAAUGGAUAAAAUUGAGCCUUCAAAUGACAUAGGUGACCAGUUAGGAAGUUUUUGUCCUAAAAUGGAGCCUGAAUCAGACUUGGAAGAAAACAGUAUGAAUUCAUCAGUAGAUACAGAUAGUGAUAUGCACUUGUCAAAUGAUGAAUUUGAGCUUAGUGAAGCAUUAGACAAAAAAGAAAGAAACAAAAUCGUUGAAUCAGAUGUUGGUGAUAUAGUUGCAAGUGUAUUGGAGGAUUUCUCAACAUCACAUGUAGCACCAAAACCAUCACCGAAAAAGAGAACUAGGAUUAAAGAGGAACCAGUAUUUACCAGUGUUUCACCAAGUAAACAGAGGCGUUCUGACACAUCUAACAACACUUGUAACAACCUUGAUUUCAAAGAUAAGAGAAACUUGCAAAACAGGAGUUUGAGUGUUCGGUUUAAAGAAGAACAUGUUAACACAAGUGAUGUUUCCCCAAAGGAAGAUGCAGUAAAGAAAAGAAAAACAAGGCACACUCCAGAUCUGUCUCAUCUUGAUGAUAUUUUCUAGAUAAUAAUAACAAUAUUUGUGAUCUCAAAAAGACUUGAUCUCUUUCAAAAUUGUGCUGCAUUUAUUCAAACAUGAGUUUUUAUACCCCCACAAAACGAAGUUUGGGGGAGGUAUAUAGGAGUGAGCUUGUCGGUCGGUCGGUCCGUUGGUUUUGCAUGGUUUCCAGAUGAUAACUCAAGAAAGGAUUGACCAAUAAUUUUUGGUACACAGGUGUAACAUCAGAAAAUACAGGUCAAGUUCGAAUUUGGGGUCAGUAGGUCAAAGGUCAAGGUCACAGUGACCCUGAACAGUUAAACGGUUUCAAGGUGAUAACUUGAGAAUGCUUGGGCCUAGGAUCAUAAAUUUUGGUACACAGGUGUAACAUCAUGAAAUGCAGGUCAAGUUCAACUUUGAGGUCUGUAGGUCAAAGGUCAAGGUCACAGGGACUCACAACAGUUAAAUGGUUUCCGGAUGAUAACUUGAGAACGCUUGGGCCUAGGAUCAUAAAUUUUCGUACAUAGGUGUAACAUCAUAAAAUGCAGGUCUAGUUCGACUUUGAGGUCUGUAGGUCAAAGGUCAAGGUCACAGGAACUCGGAACAGUUAAAUGGUUUCCGGAUGAUAACUUGAGAACGCUUGGGCCUAGGAUCAUAAAUUUUGGUAAACAGGUGUAACAUCAUGAAAUGCAGGUCAAGUUCUACUUUGAGGUCUGUAGGUCAAAGGUCAAGGUCACAGGCACUCGGAACAGUUAAAUGGUUUCCGGAUGAUAACUUGAGAACGCUUGGGCCUAGGAUCAUAAAUUUUGGUACACAGGUGUAACAUCAUGAAAUGCAGAUCAAGUUCGACUUUGAGGUCUGUAGGUCAAAGGUCAGGGUCACAGUGACUCGGAACAGUUAAAUGGUUUCCGGAUGAUAACUUGAGAAUGCUUAGGCCAAGGAUCAUAAAUUUUGGUACACAGGUGUAACAUCAUGAAAUACAGGUCAAGUUCUACUUUGAGGUCAGUAGGUCACAGGUCAAGGUGACAGUGACCCGGAACAUUUAAACAGUUUUUGGACAAUAACUUGACAAUGCUUGGGACUAGGAUCAGGAAACUUAAUCUGGAGGUUGGUCAUGUCAAGCAGAUGACCCAUAUUGAAUUUGAGUUCCAAAGGUCAAAGGUCAUUUAAACCUUUUACGGAGAAUAACUUGAGAACGCUUGGGGGGAGGAUCAUGAAACUUCAUAGGGAGGUUGAUCAUGACUAGCAGAUGACCUCUGUUGAUUUUGUGGUCAGUAGGUCAAAGGUCAAGCAAGUUUGGCUUUGACAUUGGCUUAGUUCUGUGACAAGGCCAUAUUGUGGGGUCAUAAUUCGUCACUCUUGUGACAACUCUAAUUUAUUUGAAACAGAUUAUUUGUUUGCAAAUCAAUAAAAAUCCCACAGUUAAAGUUUAUGUGGUCAUUACAUCUGUUAUCUAGAUAAGACAAGACAAAACAAGACAAGACAAGACAAUUUUAUUGCAACUCAUUUAGGCUUAAAAGCCCAUCAUGACAUAAAUGUUACAUAAUACAAGACAUACAGCAAACAGUGGUGUACAUCACGAUAUAAAAGUUACUAUAAAGAGUUAUAUAACAUGUAGACGAACGACAGAAAAGACAAAGUCACAACCAUAAAACACACAAACAAACAAAACAAAAGCGGAGAAGGUCAUCUUUGACAAGUUUACAAGAGUUGUACAACUUGACAUAGAUCUAUUUAAAUCAACAAACAGAAGCAUAAUUAAUGCUUAGAUAAGUAGCUUCAAAACAGAAGCAAUCAACCAAAUAGACACUAUAUAUAUGGGCCGUUUAACAAUACAUUUAAAUACAACGUAUAUAGAACAAUCAGUUCAAACACAGCCUUGUCGAAACGAAAUACAAGACCUGAAAAACACACACAUUUAACUACAACCAUAAUAUAAAACAUAAUAAUAUAGAGUAUUACAGAGUAGACUGUCUAAGUUUAAAUGCAUUAAAUAUAAAUAUUCCUAAAUUUUGUAUUUUUUUAUUAUUUUCGGAGUUCAAAAGUUCUAUAAAUUUAAACAUAUUUGGUCUAAUCCAGUAUUUUCUUGGUAUAUAUUGUUUUCUUAAAUCAUUAUACAAAUCACAUUCUAUUAUAAAAUGGUAUUCAUCUUCUAAUUUUUGACAAAUAAUACAUUUCCUUUCAUCUAAUGGAGUGCCAGUUAGGUCUUACCCAUCUUCCAGCUUCUACUUGUAAUUUAUGAGAAGAUACCCUUAAACGUGUAACGGAUAUACAAAAUUUAUUUACAUUAGAAUAUUCAAGAUACUGCCGAAAUCUAAAAAUUGAAAUUCUCUUAAACAAUAAAGCUCUAGAAGAAUUAUUUAUUCUUGAAUUUCAACUUUGUAUAAAUUGAUCAUUUAAUCUUUGUUUAACCAUAUAUAAAAACAUAUCGACAUUACCUACACCUUGAUAUAUUCAAGCAUCUACAAAACCCAGCGAACAAAGUAAAUCUUUAUGUAAAGAGCACCAGUUACGUCUACCAUGAUUUUCAAAGUCAUUUUUUAGAUAAAACACAAGCCUCAAAACCCAAAUACCUAUUAGACUGGUUAUAGCACAAUUAUAAAAUUAUUAUACAAAAACAGAACUAAGUUGAUAAAAAGAAUAGUUUAUUUACCACCAUUAAGAAACUAAAUUACUUGCAUUUUGAAGCUGUGACAAAUGAAAUAGGUUGGUAUCUUUAAUUUAGUUAAGGCUAAAAAUCAAAACGCAUUUACGAUUCACAGGGAAUGUCAAUAGUAUCUGGUAAAUAUGAAAGCAUAUUACUAUUGGGAACACAUAAUACAAUACGUUGGUUCCAGUUUUGUAUUUCAAUUUGUUGUAUUGAGACGCCACGAUGUAGAGAAUUUCUGGAGAUUUGUCAUUUUGAUAAAGGCCACAAGGCUGAAACACUAUGGAAUAAAACAGAGUGAAACUAUAGCGUCUAACAUUCGAUACCCCUCAAGGUAAAAACAGUGUUUUGAUAUUUUAUGGUUUUGUUAAAAAGAACAACAAAAUGCCUUCCCUUCUGUAUCAUGUAUUUAAGCACUACUAAUUGUUUUUUGAAAACAUGUCUAAAUAUUUUUUAGACCAAUACAUAGCGUAGAUCACUUUCAUUACAUUUCAGUCUGAUUUAACGACUCUGAUACUGAACAUCAGGGGCGGUAACUAGAGUCAAAGGUUGGGAAUGUAUAUUUUACAGACUACAGGAGGACUUUUAUGAACACAUACAUAACUAAACAAUGCACAGAACUUGUUAGAUCACUAUUUUAUUUUAUUACAGAGAAAUAUUAAAAGAAGGUAACAUAUCUUAUUCUCUAAAGUAAUGAUGCCAAACUAGAGAUAUGCACCUUUAAGGCUGUGGAUAAGUAAAGACAAUUGGCAACUCUGUGAUUUGGACAUCUUCGUUUUUUACGGAAAGGCUUGAGCUACAUUUAUAUCUGUUGAAUGCCAGAUUGCUGUAAAAGAAUUUGUAAUCACAUGGAAAUUGCCGAAUGUCUUUAGGGGUCCACUACCUUAAAACUGUUCUUUUAAAUUUCAAACCUGAAAAAAAUACUUGUAAAUUCACUUCUAAUGCAUGUAAUAAAAUACUUAUUGAAUGGUU